AUGGUAGACGCACGUGCUAGCUUCGGCGUUGGAGUACCAACGGAUCCAGAACUCAUUGCUGAACUCAGAGACCGACUUACUGAGGCAAGCAUCAAGUGCUCGGAGCGAUGCCUUUACCAGUCAGCCAAAUGGGCAGCGGAGUUGCUGAACUCUCUACCAGAGGAAGCAGACCUUGACGAUGACUCUCAAAUGCUGAACGCCGAUGCCCCGCAAUCAUCCUACCGCAUAUUCUCGACGAGCUACGAUGACCCUAUUGAAGCAGCUUUAGAAGCCAGAGAGGCGCCUCGAUACCUCCUGGCGAAGACCUUCUUUGACACCAAGGAAUUUGAUAGAUGUGCCGCCGUUUUCAUCCCUCCUGCCAUUCCCGCCGGCGGGCUGGCCAUUUUUGAAAAGCCCAAAGGGAGAAACUCUACAUCCACACCUAAGUCAAAGACCAAAGCGAAGCAGAGUGAAGUUCCGACAAACCCAUUCCCCAAGCUUUCACAGAAGUCGCUCUUCCUUGGUCUCUAUGCCAAAUAUCUUGCUGGCGAGAAGCGGAAGGAAGAAGAGACCGAAAUGGUUCUGGGCCCCGCCGAUGGUGGGCAGACAGUCAAUAAAGAGUUACCAGCUCUAGCUCGCGGCCUCGAAGGAUAUUUUCGCGCCCGUGAUGCGAUAGAUCCGGAGCUCAAACGGUCGCAAGGUUGGCUCGAGUUCCUGUACGGAUUUAUUCUCGCCCGACUGAAGCAGGAGUCCGUGGCGCAACAGUGGCUGAUCCGGUCUGUGAGGCUCAACCCCUACCACUGGGGAGCCUGGGAAGAGCUGGCUUCCUUGCUAUCCUCGGUGGAUGAUCUUAAUGCCCAUCUCGCUUCCUCAAUUCUGCCACAGAAUAUCAUGAUUAUCUUUUAUCAGACUCAUGCCAACGUUGACCUCUUCUCCACGACGGACGCCUCUGCCACAAUCAACUCUCUCAACACAUUGCUUUCGAUUUUUCCGGACUCGACUUUCCUUCUGACACAGUUAGCCCUCUGUCACUAUCAUGGCAAAGACUUCGAAACGUCGGCAUCCGUCUUCCAGGAAAUUCUUACCUCUCACCCUCAUCGCCUGGAUGCGCUGGACCACUACUCCAAUAUCCUAUAUGUCAUGGAAGAUCGACCGAAGUUAGCUUUCCUUGCCCACUUGGCAACAUCUGUCGACAAGUUUAGACCAGAAACUUGCUGUGUUGUUGGCAACUACUACUCAUUGUGCUCACAGCAUGAGAAAGCCGUCAUGUACUUUCGUCGUGCCUUGACUCUGGAUCGCUCCUUUCUUUCCGCGUGGACGUUGAUGGGUCACGAAUACAUCGAAUUGAAAAACACUCACGCCGCUAUCGAGUCGUACCGCCGAGCAGUGGAUGUCAACCGCAAAGACUAUCGUGCAUGGUACGGUCUUGGCCAAGCCUACGAGGUUCUGGACAUGGGCUUUUACGCCCUCUUCUAUUAUCAGCGAGCUGCAGGUCUACGGCCAUAUGAUCCGAAGAUGUGGCAAGCUGUGGGCUCGUGCUACUCAAAGAUGGAGCGCUACGACCAAGCCAUCAAAGCGCUGAAGCGCGCACUAGUCGCUGGCACGUACUUCGAAACCUCUGACGCCACACCCCAGCAGUCUUUCGGUGCUUCUAUCAAUUCCACCGCCUCCACAAAGCAAAAACAGCGUCCAACGGGUCGCAAAUUGCUCGACCCGGAAACCUUAUACUCUAUUGCCCAGAUGUAUGAGCGUCUGCAAAACGAACAUGAAGCAGCCAGAUAUAUGGAGCUGUGCAUGGCGCAAGAGACAGGAGCUAGCAGCAGAGGCGUCAGUGAGGCAGAAAAGGCAAUGCGCAAGCGCGCGAAGAAAGAAGCUCGGCGAGCAGAGCUUGCGGCGGAGCGCAAGCGGCUCAUGCGAACACCCGGCCAGGAAGAGGAGAGCAUGCAGACCGAGGAUGACGAUGGUGGAGAUGGAGACACAGAGAUCUUGUCUUCUCCGUCAUCACCAAGCACUGAUGACGAGCAAGAUGACGCAGAUCGAGAGGACGGAUUUGGCACGGGCACGACCGAAACGACAAGCAAAGCACGAUUAUGGUUGGCGAGGCAUGCGUACAAGCUGGCUGAUCUGGAAAAGGCAGAAAGGCUGGCCGAGGAGCUUUGCAUGGACGGCUUUGAAGUGGAAGAAGCCAAGAGCUUGGUGAGGGAGGUGAGAGGCAGGAAAGAUUUCACCAGGCCACACCUAGCGCAGGGUCAAGGCCCAGGUAGCGGUGCUAGUGACUUCGGUACGCCUAUAGCGUGA